AUGCUGCGUGGAACGGCCACCUGCACUGACGAAAUUGGGCGGACACCACUUUGGUAUGCUGCCAGAUACGGCUACGAAGCUAUCGCCAAGCUUAUUAUCGCUACACGGGGCGUCGAUGUCAAUGCGCAGGAUAGGUUCGGCGAGACGCCGCUUCUAUGCGCAGUCAGGUGGGGGAAUGAAGCUAUCGCCAAGCUUCUUAUCGCUACAAGGAACGUUGAUGUUGAUGCGAGGGAUAAGGAUGGCUGGACGCCGCUUCUACACGGGGCCAGCGAGGGCCAUGAAGCUGUCGUCAAGCUACUGAUUGAGACAGGUACCGUCGAUGUUAACGUUAAAAACAAUAAUGGUUGUACGCCGCUUUUAUGCGCAGCUAGAGGGGGCCACGAAGCUGUCGUCGAGCUACUAGUUCAGACAGGUGCUGUUGAUGUUGCUGUAAGAGAUAAGGGUGGCUGGACGCCGCUUCUAUACGCAGCCAACGCGGGCCAUGAAUCUGUCGUCAAGCUACUGAUUGAGACAGGUACCGUCGAUGUUAACGUAAAAAACAAUAAUGGCUGUACGCCGCUUUUAUGCGCAGCUAGAGGGGGCCACGAAGCUGUCGUCGAGCUACUAGUUCAGACAGGUACUGUUGAUGUUGCUGUAAGAGAUAAGGGUGGCUGGACGCCGCUUCUAUACGCAGCCAACGCGGGCUAUGAAUCUGUCGUCAAGCUCCUGAUUAACACAGGUACUGCCGAUGUUGAUGUGAGAGAUCAGUUUAAUCAGACACCGCUUCUAUGUGCAGCAUCUGGGGGCCAUGAAACUAUAGUCAAGUUACUUAUUGCGACAGGUAACGUUGAUGUGGAUGUGAAGGGUGAGAAUGGCUGGACCCCGCUUCUAUGCGCGGUUUUCAACCGCGAUGACAGCAUGGUCGAGCUACUUCUUGCUACGGGCAACGUCGACGUUGACAGUACAACAGCCAUGGCCCAGGUUUGCCGCUUCUACCAGAUGGGCACCUGCAAAUUUGGUGACAACUGCAAAUUCGAACACCCUGGUGCGCAGCGAAAUAACCGAUUCCAGCCGUUUGGCGCCGCCCGAGCCCUACCGUAUUCACUUUCGAAAGAAACCAUCGAAAAAGACCUGACUUCGGAGCUUCCCACGUGGAUAUUAUCCUGCUACGGGCCUGGACGGGACGCUCCUGAGCAGCUCUUUGGUGGUUACCCUAGAGAGCAGAGCACAGAUGAGAUUCGGUUACACUACGAAAGGGCGUCGCUGCCGGGAAGCAGCAAGAAGUGUGGCAACAAGCACCCGAACCGUGUCGAUACCGUAAACCAGUCCAACCCUACGAAUGGAACGCAGGGCGAGUUCGCCGUAGGCAAGCGGACCGUCGGGAACCAGCAGCAAACCUCGCAGCCUUCGAAUCCCUUUAGCACGACCGGUAAUAGCAAUAGCGGGGGCGGUGCGUUUGGCACAGCGGCGGCGACGGGGAGCGCCUUUGGACAGCCCUCGUCUUUGGGACAAAGGCCGAGCGCGUUUGGAUCUUCACCCUUUGGCCAGCCCAGCGGAGCAAGCGGGACGACGGGUGCAUUUGGACAAGCUUCCAGCACACCCGUCUUUGGCAGUGUAUCCAAGCCCGUGUCGGCCUUUGGUUCGUCCAACACCCCUGCUUUCGGCCAACCAUCGCAGCCUACCUCCGCCUUUGGCCAGCCUAGCCAAUCUGCCCCGGGAAGCGCAUUCGCCGAGCACGGGGGUAGUGGCUUUGGCCAAACCUCGCAGAUGGGCGCUACUCCAUCCGCGUUUGGGCAACCCAGCGCCAUGGGUCAGAAGCCGAGCCCUUUCGGGGCUCCUUCGGGAGGGUCUAGCGGCACUACAGGGUUCUCCGCCUUUGCCGGCGGGUCAAAUUCAAGUCCCUUCGGUCAGGCUGCCCAGCCCUCGAGCGGGUUCGGCCAACCCUCACAGCCAGCUACCUCGAGUCCUUUCGGCCAACCCUCACAGCCAGCUACCUCGAGUCCUUUCGGGCAACCUUCGCAAACUACGACCGCGAGCCCCUUUGGGCAACCGGCUCAGGCCGCGACAACGAGUCCGUUUGGCCAGCCGUCCCAGCCGGCUGCUACCUCUAGCCCCUUUGGGCAACCAUCGCAGGCUACCUCAAGCCCGUUCGGCCAGCCCUCGCAAUCGGCGGCAUCCAACCCCUUUGGCCAGCCUCAGGCAGCCCCUGCGACGAGCAGCCCAUUCGGACAACCCGCUGCCUCCAAUCCAUUUGGUGCCCCGUCGCAGAGCCAGCCCAGCGCAUCUAACCCCUUUGCCAAGCCUGCGGACACCACCGCCGAUUUUACAUCGGGGCCCAGGGCCAACAACCCGUUUGGCGCCCCUUCCCAAUCGACGCCUGCGCCUAAUCCUUUCGGCGCGGCCAGCGGUGGCAGCAGCGACCCCGCGCCGGCGACGCAGAGCCCUUACCCGGCCAACAGCCAGGCGCAGCACCCGGAUCUGUCGUCGUACUCGACGCGCUCCAUGGGUCGCCUCACGACCUGGAAGGGUCAACCCGUGACGUACCGCGAGGACGCCCCGGGCUACUUGGACGGCGCGACGCGGCGGUGGGUCAGGAUCUGGUUCCCCAAUGGGCCGCCCGGCCAGAAGCGAGACUGGCACGAAUACACGAUGAAGCAUUACGUUUUGGUUUUACGAUAG